AUGGAGGUCGAUGCUACAGUCGAUGUGGGAAAGCAAUUCAGGGCCGAUUUAUCGAAAGAAAAGAAGCUCGUCAGGAAGAUUAUCGAGAAUGAAGGGUUUUUGGUUCCUUAUGGGGACUUUAAUACGGUGAGGUCGGCUGAUGAAAGGAAGGGGUCGAGAUUUAAACAACAUGUGGCCAGGGAUUUCAAUUUUUUCAUUGAGGAGGCCGACCUCCACGAGUUCAACAUGAAAGGCAACAAGUUCACUUACUUAAAAGAAGAUGAAAAUGGUGUAAAGCUAAGCAAGAUUGACAGAUGCCUGGUGAACAGAGGCGUGAUAGACAUGUGGCCAGAUGCAACUUUCCAAGCUUUGCCCAGAAGACUCUCUGAUCAUAACCCUAUUAUGCUGACCAUUAAAGAACUCAAUUUUGGGCCGAAACCUUUCAGAUUUUUUAAUUCAUGGUUGGACAGGCCAGAAUGCGAGACUACGGUUAACGAGGCCCUAGAUUCAUAUGCUUUCAACGGGCCACCUGAUACCAAGUUAAUGAGGAAGUUUAAAUGGAUCAGACAGGCUCUGAAAAAAUGGAGAGACGAACUGACCAGCAGAGAAGGAGAAGAAUACGAGAUGUGCAAGAAAGAGCUGGAGGAACUAGACCUCCAAAUGGAGAUCGCCGAUUUGAAUGAUGAGGACUCAUGGGUCAGAACGGAGUGCAAGAGAAAACUCUCCGAGUUGGAAGAAAACAAGAAAAAAGAUUUGAGGCAAAGAUCGAGGGGCACGAUAAAUAGAGGUUGCGGGUCGGCUUUUAUCACACUGAUCCCAAAGGUCAGGGACCCAAGCCAAUUAAACGAUUACAGGCCCAUCACGCUUAUCGGGGUCACUAGUAAGGUUAUCUCAAAAGUUCUUGCAAAUAGAAUCAGAUUCGUGUUGGGCUCUCUUAUAUGCUGUAAUCAGACGGCGUUUCUAGAGGAUAGACUCAUCUCUGACGGACCUCUCAUCCUUAAUGAGGUCAUUUCUUGGAUUAGAAAAAACAAAAAGAAGGCUUUUAUCUUCAAGGUGGACUUCAAUAAAGCGUAUGAUAACGUUAAUUGGUGUUUUUUAAUCGAUAUUUUGUCACAGUUGGGGUUCCCUCGCAAAUGGUGUGAUUGGAUUUAUGUUGUGUUAGCCUCGGCAAGAUCGGCCGUUCUGGUGAACGGGUCCCCUACCUUCGAAUUCCAGUGCUUUAAAGGAAUGAGGCAGGGGGAUCCUAUCUCACCGUUUCUGUUUAUUGUUGUGAUGGAGGCGCUGUCUACAAUGCUGAGAAAGGCUAGUUGCAACUGGUCGCUUAAAGGGAUCUCUUUACCUAACAAUGGCCCGGUUAUCUCUCACCUUCUUUACGCCGAUGAUUGUGCCUUCUUGGGGGAGUGGUCAGUCGAGAAUCUGAAUAUGGUAGCUAGGAUCCUUCGGGUAUUUCAUAUUUGUUCCGGUUUAAAGAUAAACUUGGGAAAAUCUCUAAUGUUUGGGAUUGGAGUUAGUGAAUCAGAGGUCAAAUGGGCAGCUGACGUUGUCAAAUGUAAACCAGGUAUUAUUCCAUUCAUACACCUUGGUAUUCGAAUUAGCAGCAACAUGAAUAGAGUUGCAAAUUGGGACUUUUUAUUUGAUAUUUUUAAGAAGAGAUUAUCGAGUUGGAAGGCUUCUUGUCUUUCGAUUGCGGGGCGGGUUACUCUUAUCAAGUCGGUCCUUGAAAACCUCCCUACCUACUAUUUAUCUCUUUUCAAGGCUCCAUUAAAAGUUAUUGAAGCAAAGUUGUUUUGGCGAUAUCGAAAGGAACCGGAUGGCUUGUGGAGACGAACCAUUAAGGCGAUUCACGAAUCUAAAAGAUGCUGGGCUGCAAUCCCCUUCAAUAAAAACGUCACUGGAGUUUGGUACAAUAUUGUUAGAUCGAUCUCGAAGGUGAAAGUGGCUGAUGUGAGCCUCGGAAAUCUUUUCAGAGGAGUAUGUGGUGACGGCUCACAAAUCAGGUUUUGGCUCGAUCCUUGGUUACGUGAUGCUCCUCUUAAAGAGGAAUUCCCUGUUUUGUUUAAAAAAGAGAAAGAAAAAAAAAUGUUUAGUUAA